AGGGGGCCCUGGGCGCCCGGCGCCUGGGCGGCUGGCGCGCCACUCCGUGGCGCGCGCGCGCGCCGCCAUGGCUGCGCCGCCGCUGCUGCCGAACCUCGGCGCGGCCCUGGAGCCCAUCCUGCUGCACGCGGAGGCGGGGGACCUGGAGGCCCUCCAGGCGAUGCCCGAGGCGGAGCUGCCGAAGAAACUCAAGGUGAAGGACGAGGACUGCCGCACGGCGCUGCACCGCGCCUGCUCCGCGGGCCACAGGGAGGUGGCGGCGUUCCUGAUCUCCAAGGGUGCGGACGUCGACCACGCGGACGAGGCGGGGUGGACGCCGCUGCACUCCUGCGCCAGCACUGGCCGCGCCGAGAUCGUGGAGCUGCUGCUGGAAGGCCGCGCGGACGCGAACGCCGCCGUCUCCUCGGGGGCCACGCCGCUGCACUUCGCCGCGUCGAAGGGUCACGCCGACGUGCUGCGGCUCCUGCUGGCGCACGGCGCCAAGAGGGGUCCGAAGAACCGGGCGGGCGCCACGCCGCUGCUCCUGGCCGCGGCGGCUGGCAGGCCAUGUAGGUGCCUCUCUCCGGCCGGCCGAGGCGUCCGCCGACGUGAGCACCCAAGACAGAGCCGGGGACAACAUCCUGCACG